AGUAAUCCAGCCCUCAAAGUGCCACUACACCACUGGAGUGGGUGUAUUGGAAAAUUUGAGUAGUACUGUAUUAGAAUAUUUUACUUUAGUUUAAUGAUCGCGUCUAAAGACAAUGAGGGAAGCUAAACACAACUUUUUUUAAUUGAAUGGUUGAACGCCAUUAGUAAUGGCACAUCCAUUUUACUAAGUGUAUCCAUGACAACAACCGACCGCAAACAGAGGGGGCGCUGUCUCAAACGACACGCGCUGACCGGAAGCUAUGUGAACGGGCGGGAACUUGGAAAGUAUUCAUUUUCCUGACAGAAUUUUCUGUAGUCCGGAAUGCCGUUUGUUUGGGGAACGUAAAGAGGUGUAUGCUCGAGUGAAUUAUACUCAGAUAAUCAUCCAAAGACGACACACGGUUCAAACAAAGUACGCAACUUGACAGCAUUUUCAGUCCGUUGUCCUUGCUAAUCAGCUAGCUUACUCCAAGUUGUUUUCCGUCAGAAUGGCGGAUAGAAACUUGGUAAAGGAGUUGAGACGUUGGGCAACAGAGGAGUUUCAUUUGCCGCAGGACAGUCUGCCAAAUGACAGCUACUUUAAAGCCCUCUGUGUUGGGACUGGAAAGUCAAUAUGGACGUACAUAAUCCAACACGUCUUUCAGCCGAGGAAUGUGAGGAUCAUGCGUGGAAAUCUUCAGUGGUACAAAUUACUUAAAGACAAAGAGGAAAAACAGGCUGAGGACCAGAGUGAGGCAGCAAAACGUAGAGAGCUUCUGAAGAAAAUGGAGCAGGUGAGAGCAGAAAUCAGUCAGCUGGACUCUCAGAUCAGUGAAACGGAGGAGCAGCUGGCCACCCAAGAGCGAUCUAUCAGCCAUAUCUGGGCUGGAAUCGGGGACAACCAGGGUCGAGAUCUGCUUCUUCAGGCAUUCAGGAAACGCUGCAGCUCGGGCCGUAACAUACUAUCUGAUGACAUCAGUAGAAUCAGCGAACACAGCCAAAGCCUGGAUAUCACGGCAAGGCAAGUUUCCCCUCUGAAAGCAGAAAUUGAAGUGCUGUUUGAUGAUGAGCCUUCCAGUCAAAGAGAUGAAGAUCUUAUCUCCACGGCAGCUGAGGCUCAAGUCUUGCGUGAGUUGAGAGAACUGUGUGAAGACAGGAUCCACUUCUAUCAGUCAUUACAAGAAAGCGAACUGAAAAUGCAGCAGUCUGCAGACAAACAUGUGACCUGUGAACAGAGAACUGCUGUCUUCCGUUACUGGCUGACCACAGCUGAGAAAGUGCUGGGCGAUUAUCCUCCAAAUCACGUCCUCUCGGCUCUGCAGUAUUUAGCUUCAAGAGAGCAGAAAAGACUGGAAGAGAAGCUAGCUGCUCUGGAUGUGACUCAGGAUGUGACAGCUCUGAGGGUCCGAUAUGAAAGCAGCCAUCUACAGGAUAUCUCAGCAGAGGAGGAUAAGGAGUUACCACCUGUUAGGAGCCUCUUAGAGGACACUUGGGAAGAGGUGCAGCAGAGUUUUGUGGAGUUGAGCCAGACUCGCCUCAGAAUUCAGCAGCUCAAAAACCAGCUGCAGGCCCGUAAAAAGGAGGCCCAGCAGGAGGUGUCUGGGGUUGCAGAUGAACUCCUCAAUGACAGCUUGGUGCUUUCAGCCCUUGAGGUGGAGCUACAGUGCGUGAUGCAGGCGGCGAGGCGGGACUACAUCAGAGAGCGCUGUAUCCAGCUGGACCACCACGCCAAAGGCCAGCAGGAAGAGCUGAGGAGUCUGUGCAGCCAGUGGCAGAGGAUUUUGGACUUCAGAAAGCUUGUGGUUCUCAGACAGGAGCACAUCAGAGGUCUGAUUAAGGGGAACUCCACAGCCAAGACACGUCUGGUUCACCUUCAGAAAGAGCUGCAGGAGUUCAUUGAGAGCAAACUGGUGCCACAGUUUGAAGUCGUCAUCGCUGCUGCCAACAGUUUACGCAGCUCCGUCUCAAAGGAGGCCAAACAGUUUGGAACGGUUUCACUUCUUACUCUGGACUGCAGAACUAUUGAUGGAACACAAAGAGUUCCUGCAUCUCGGCUGUCCAUCUACCGAGUGCUGUCCCCAAACUUCAGCAGCUUGUGUCAGAGCCUGACAUUUCCUCUCUACAAGGCUCCAGAAGACUUGUGUGCCCAGUCUCGGUCCCAACAGCUUGAGCUGCGUUUCCUCCGUCAGCUGCUGCACCUUCACACCAUCACCAUGCAGAGGCUGCAGAAGGAAACGGAGCAGCUCCCUGCAUCCGAUCAAAAGGCUCUGCUGUCUAGAGUGAUGGAGGAGGAUCAGAACCUUCUGAAGUCUUUGCUACCAAGAGCCAGAAACCUCAGCAGCUGCUGUGCAAAAGGCUUCUCCUAUGGGGACCAGGUCAAGCUCGCCAUCUCUGACUGGUGGGAUAAGCCGGCCCAGCACGUCCUGCCUGAGCUCAGCAGAGGAGGACUGACGUUCCAGCAGUGGCUUCAGAGGUGGAAACUCGCCGCCAAAGCCUCUUAGUCAGCAGCUCGCUUUCCCUUUUAGCACCUUCCAGUUUGCAAUGUAAAUGUGAUGAAAUUAUGUGGAAAAAUCGUGGAUAAAUAAAUGCAAAUGAACACAUUCGUUCCUUGUCUUCCUUCAAAUGCAUGUUCAACAACAUGGA